AUGUGUGGGAGUGACCACGUACGGGUCUGUGAGUCUCAUGGACUCAUCUCUGACAUUCUGCAGGCCCAGACCUCACUCGCUGACCUCUUGCUGGAGUAUCUGGAGGAGCUCGAUGAUGAAGAGCUGAAGAAGUUUAAAUGGAAACUGAGUCGCACAAAGUAUAAAGAGUUAAAGCCCCUUCCCUGGGGUCAGGUGAAGGGCUUUGAUAUAAUUGACCUCGCCAACAAGAUGAUAGAUUACUACGGUGAAGCUGAUGCUCUCAACGUCAUGAUUAUAAUCCUGAAGAAUACGAACCUGAAUAAACUUGCUCAGAGGCUGAAUGAAGACCUGCAGAAGGGGGAGCUCAUGUCCAGCACAAUCAAAAGUAACCUGAAGCAGAAAUUUGAGCGUGUAUUUGAAGGGAUAGCUAAGGAAGGACAGCAAACACUUCUCAGUGAGAUUUACACAGAACUCUACAUCACUGAAGGUGGGACUGGAGGAGUCAAUGAUGAACAUGAGGUGAGACAGAUUGAAACAGCACCCAAGAAAAGGCUAACAGAAGAUACUACAGUCAAGUGCAAUGAUAUAUUUAAACCCUUAUGUGGGCGUGAAACACCUAUCAAAACUGUACUCACUAAAGGGGUGGCAGGUAUCGGGAAAACAGUCUCUGUGCAGAAAUUUAUUCUCGACUGGGCAGAAGGAAAAACAAACCAGGACAUUCACUUCAUAUUUGCUCUUCCUUUCCGGGACCUGAAUUUGAUUAAGGAUGAAUACAGUCUGAUUGAACUGCUUCACUGCUUUGACCCAGAACUGAAAUCACUUGAAUCCACUGAACUGUUUAGGUGCAAAGUCUUGUUCAUCCUUGAUGGUCUGGAUGAGUUUCGCCUUUCUCUAGAUUUUCAGAACAAUGAGAGCUGGUGUGAUGUAGCAAAGAAAAUGUCACUGAAUGUGCUGUUGACUAACCUCAUUAAGGGGAAUCUGCCUCGAAACACUCUCCUCUGGAUAACCUCCCGGCCUGCAGCAGCCAAUCAGAUACCUCCUGACUGCAUCCACCGGGUGACAGAGAUACGAGGGUUCAGGGAUUCCCAGAAGGAGGAGUAUUUCAGGAGGAGAUUCAGUGAUGAGAACCUGAUCAGCAGGAUUAUCAGACAUGUGAAAUCAUCAAGGAGCCUCUUCAUCAUGUGCCACAUACCUGUGUUCUGCUGGAUUUCAGCCACUGUGCUUAAGAAGCUUUUUAGUGAGACUGACAGGGGAGAAAUUCCAAGUACUCUGACUGAAAUGUACACACACUUCCUGAUCUUUCAGACAAGUUUAAAAAAAGACAAGUAUCUGAAAAACUAUGAAUUCAAGCUUAAUGAAUACAGCAAGGAAUUCCUUUUAAAACUCGGUAAACUGGCUCUUGACAACCUUGAGAAAGGCAAUCUCAUAUUUUAUAAGCAAGAUCUGACAGAGAAUGACAUUGAUGUCACUGAAGCUUCAGUUUACUCUGGAGUGUGCACGGAAGUCUUUAAAGAGGAAUAUGGGUUGUAUCAGGAUAAGGUGUACUGCUUUGUGCAUCUGAGCAUCCAAGAGUAUCUCACUGCUUUGUAUGUGUUUCUGUCAAACUCAUCAGCUGACUUGCUGAAGACUGCAGUGGAUCAGGAGUAUCUCGCUGCUUUAUAUGUGUUUAUGUCAAACUCAUCAGCUGACCUGCUGAAGACUGCAGUGGAUCAAGCAUUAAAGAGCAAGAAUGGACACUUGGACCUCUACCUCCGCUUCCUCCUUGGCCUCUCAACAGACUCCAGUAACACUCUGCUACAAAGGCUACUGGGACGGACAGGAACCCGGUUUCAUAACAUUGAGGAAACAGCCCAAUACAUCAAGGAGAAACUAGAGAGGGAUUUAUUUCCAGAAAGGAGUAUCAACCUGUUCCACUGUCUCAUUGAACUGGGUGACAAUUCUCUAGUAGAGGAAGUACAAAGACACCUGAAUUCAGGAAGCCUUUCAGCAGAAUACCUCUCACCUGCACAGUACUCAGCUCUGGUCUUUGUGAUACUGAUGUCAGAUGAGGACCUGGAUGUGUUUGAUCCGAAGAAGUACAUCAGAUUAGAAGAUGCUGACUACUGGAGGCUGCUUCCUGUGGUCAAGAACUCCAGGACGGCUCUGUAAGUGACGUGGGGAUGGGAAAUCAUGUCUGGUCUGGCAGUAAUACAUUAACAUUGUAUUAAAUACAUCUAAUAUAUUUCUUUUCAGUUCUGGAUGCUGUAGGAAGCAUUUCUGUAAAUUCUGGGUGUGGCGUGUGACUCUUUUGAUUCGGACCGUGUGUCCAGAAGGUCGCUGGUUCAGAUCUCCUGGCCGGCAGAGUGAUGUCAUCCUUGAGCUGCGGGGGUCUGGAUGCUGGCCGACCCUGUGCUGUGACCCCAAACUUCCUCUCACCUGUAUAUGUGUCGUGUGUCUCUUGGAGAGCAAGAUGGGAGAUGG